UACAUUGUUAAAAUAUAUUUGAAAUCUGUAUUUAAUUACUCUUUGCUAACAAUGCAUAGUUUUACUUGUUUCUUUCUCGGAUUUUUUUCAACCAUUUUAGUGACACGUGCCGUCACGAGAACUGGCGUGGUGAUAGACUGCUAUAAUACAACGGUAAAGGACUACAACGGCCACCAGCAGACGACAGAGACCGGGACACCGUGUAUAAGAUGGGAUUCUAAUGAGGAUUACAAAAAUGAACAAUUUCGUGACGCUACAAUAUCAGAUGCAGCAAACUUUUGUCGUGCUGUUGGAGAGAAUUAUCUCUGGUGUUUGACAGACAGUGGCGAUUGGGGCAAAUGUGGAAUUGAAAAAUGUGAUGAUAACGGUAUUAGCAAAUGUGGAAAUCUAAAAAUUGAGAAACCAGCUUUACUAGGACGAAAUGUAACGUUUACUUUUACCCCGGACUCACAUGAUCCAGAAGCAAUACUAGAAUGGCAACGUGCAGCUAAAGGAAACCCAUGGUUUACUCGUCCUUUGACAUACAAGUUCACACAGUAUAAUGAAGAAGGAACAUACUACAUGGUCUUAACAGACAGUGUGCUAAAAAGUGAUGAGGUUUAUUACCGGAUACAUUAUUACAACAAAACCGUGCACUGUUGGAUGAAAGCAGGAAAACUUGAACUUGAUGUGCCGCCAAGUGCUCCAGAAUUAGAAGGUUUGCAGGACAUUGAUACAUUUAAGAAAUGCAUUGUUGGUUCUGAUAAAGAGGAAAUUCAAGUGCAUUGUAAGACAAGUGGCGGGAAACCAAAGGUUAAUGCAGAUGUUACAGUAGGGGAAGACUCAUUUCAAGCACUGCAAUCUGAUAUUAAUAAAUCGGUUUAUAUAGCAUUUAUUAAACUUGCUGACCGUUAUCACAAUGCAACAAUCACUUGUUCGGUAAAGAAUGAUGCGUUAAUAUCACCACUUAACACUUCUGCAAAAGUGUAUAUUAUAAAACCUCCUGCAACUGUUAAAUUAUCAGCACCAAUCAAUCUUAAAGAAGGCAGUCCUGUUCACAUCACUUGCCUGACUCAAAGUUCAAGACCUCCUCCUGAUGUUUACUUAAACAUUUCCGGUAUUGAAGUGUCGUCUACUGACGUAGAUACGAGGACUUCAUUUAAAAGGGACACUUCGUUAUACAGCACCACUACUACCUUGACAACAUUUAAACGGGAAUGGAACGGAAGGAACAUCGUCUGCUGUAGUUAUAAUAAAUGGUACAAUACACCUAGAAACUGUUCCGAAGCGAAACAAGUUAACUUUACAUGGAACCAAAGACAAAUGUCCAGCAACAAAAAUGAAACACUUAUUGGAGUCAUUGUCGGAAUAUGUUUAGCGUUGGUUGUAAUAAUUCUUGUCAUGGUAAUUGCCAUCAGGAAAAAAAGAAACAACGAUCAAGCACAACAUAAAAGAGAUCAGCCAAGUCAAGAAAGAAACAGUCUUCCUCCGCAAGAAAAUGAGCAUGCUGCGUCAGGAAAGGAUGUCGCCUUUGCAGACGAUCAGUGUGACGUUACAUAUUCUCAACCAAUCAAGAAGAAAAAGGUUGCCGCAGUGUGUGAUGAAACAUAUGCUGAAGUUGAUAAAACAAGAAAAAGAAACCAUCAAGCUAAAGGCUCAGCUGCUGAGGGACAGCGCUCUGAAGAUGGACAGCUUAUGUAUGUUGACCUCGAGUUCAAUGAAGAUGGAAAGAUGCAAAAAGAAGCUGUCACCAAGCGACUCGAUUCACCUACUGAAUACGUUGGUAUAGAUUUCGCCAAAACUGCAGCUUAUAUUGCUGAAGAGAAUGACACGGCAGAAAUGGACAUCAUCUAUAUAAAUCAGUAAAAUAAAAAAGCAAUAAGAACCCCUACCGUUUCAUUCGAUUGUGAAGACAAGUCAAAUCACAGACACGUAUGCUUAUUCGCCCUUAAAUAUUAACAUCUUUCAAGUAAAUACUAUACAUAUACUAUGCUAUAUAAUUCAUAAAUAAAAUGAAGUGUGUAAAUGAAUUUGGCCAUGAAGUUAACUGUAAACAUGAGUGCUCACAUUAUUCUAAUACUAGUGUCUGUGCCUAUCAUAUAUAUAUUGUGUUCAUAUUUCUAAUGAAAAUUUUAAAACAUUUCUUUUCUUGCUUCUCAAUGUUAUAACUACAAAUGUUUGUGGUUUUUUAUGUAAAUUUGGACGCAUGACAAACAAGAAAAAAGAUAACUUGAAAUUCUGGCAAUCAUAUCGUUAUUCUUCUAGUUGGGGUUAAACAUAUCUAACCAUGAAUUAUUUAUUUAUAUUUCCUACAAUAUGUGCGUAACUGUUUAGAACAGUUCAUUUGUAAUUCAACUGGCAUGUAUUUGCAACAAUUAAACACAAUAUAAUUAUUUACCAAAAUGAUAAUUCUUUUUACAUUUGUAUGUUUGAUUGUAUGAUAUUUUUUUUUCGUUAAUAGUUGUUUGUUUCGUGAUUAUAAAAUUGCCUUUGUACUAUUCGUAUUGGUUUGAAUAUUUAUCAAGUUUCACACUGUAAAUGACAAGAAAUGCUAUCAUAUUAUAUUUU